AGAUAUUCGAGCUGUCUAGCGCGCUGGUCACACUUGACUCCACAGGUCUUGACUUCACCCCGGGUAGGGGCGGAGUGAAUGGGUAUCCAAAACUUAGUGAUAUAUAUAUUAGCGCCGUGCAGCUAUUUCACUACGCGGGUUUUCAUCGCGCAGCAUGCACUGUUUGUGUAUUUAUGUCAAAUGAAGCUCACACUGGAUUGCCGCCAAUUAUCUUAAUGCAAAUGCAUAAAUAUUUCUAGGAUCUUUUUUAAAAAAAACAGAGUGUGUCUGUCAUUUUAUUGCCGAUAUUCCAUUACAUGCUUCAAACAUGUCGGUGCGUAGAUUCACUGGCGCUAAAGUCGUUAUUUUUGGAGGACCUGGUGUCGGGAAAACUGCCUUUGUGGUGCGGUAUAUGACCAAGAGGUAUAUUGGUGAUUACGACAGAAAUAAAGAGAUGAUGUACAAUCACAAAAUACCAUCUCCUCGUGAUGACGUCACACUUGAGAUUGUAGAUACUGCAGCCAGUGAGAGCUUGGAAAACAAAGAAAAUCACAUCAGAUGGGGAGAGGGAUUCGUUUUCAUUUAUUCUAUAACAGACAAAGCGAGUUUUGAGUAUGCCUGCACGCUCAAAGACAUGUUGGUGAAAUCCAGAGGUUCAGAAGUACCGGCUGUAUUAGUCGCCAACAAAUGUGACUUGUUGUCCGUGAAGCAGGUGGACGAUUCGGAAGGGGUGUCCCUAGCGGAACAACUGAACUGUCCAAAGUUUGAUGUUUCUGUCGCGGAGGGAUAUACCGGUGUCUCAGAGGCCAUGGAAGAACUUGUCAUCCAACUGAAACGUGAAUUUGUCAAGAAUUGUUCACAAGCCGCGGUGUCUGCGAAUGAUAAAACAAAAUCAAAACUGUUCACGUUCAAAAAAGGAUUCAAGAAAAGAAUUAGCAGGAGCCAUAGCGACACGGUGUGAUGAUAGAAUUACAUGUAACAGGAAGUACGUCACAGCAACACGUUGUGAUGGGAGAUUUCGGGUGAAAAUAUUCUUUAAUGAAUAUCAUUACUCACUGUCACGGUGUAACACUGUUUAGUAGGACAAAACCAAGGUAAUAGGAUAUAAGCGACAUCUUAUUACUGGUGCAUACAAUCUCAAGAUUCUAUAUUAAAUUUUGUAGAUUCUUAAUGUUACUAGUGACGUAUUCAAGACAAAUCCACGAAUGUAUAUAGCAUUACAUGUACAUGUAUAUAU